AUGUCUCGACACUCUGAGAAAUGCUCUACCGCUGCCGCCUAUGCCGAGCGCGUCUUCCAGCAGCUUGAAGACAACCGCCCCUCCGAUGCCCCGGCCGACUUUUCCGACUCUUCGCCCGAGGAGCCGAUUCCUGGCGAGCCGAAGACUACAGACAACCCUUCUCCCGAGAAAUCAACUCCUAGUGAGACGAAGACUACAGGCGACCAAUCCCAACCAGUUCGCAGCAACACCGUUGGGUCUCCUGACGUGUACGCUCAGUCCAAAGAUGGUAAGUUCACCGCCCAACGUGCCGGAUCAGUAGGUCACUGCCGCGUUCAAAAACUCAUAGCCAGCUACGAAGCCCGCUCCCGCCGAACUGAAGAGUUGGCGCUGGACGCGGAACGUCGUGAGCAGGAGGUUACCGCCGCGGGAGGUACUCUCCCACAGGCUAGCACUCCUGACGUUCAACAGGAGACCCCUUUUUUCUGUCCUGCUUGCAUUGCUGAUGAUGAAAAGGAAUGGGUCGAGGCCCUUGAACUCGAAGCUGACUCGUGA